AUGCUAGAUGCUGGGCCCUGGAUGUGGGCACUUUUCUUCAUCGAGUUCGCUUCAUACGGCCAGAUGCUUCCAUUCCAAAUCCUGCGUGUAUCUGCGUUAAAGGCAGAGAAGAACUCAGAACAGCUGCCUUCGUACCGUCGGAAAUGUCGACUGGUCGGUGGCCAAGUGCCUCUGGUCGACGUGUACAUCCCCUGCUGCGGAGAACCCCUGGAGAUCAUCGUGGGCACAGUCCGCGGCGCCUGUCUCAUCGAUUUCCCUCAGCACAGGUUCGCGGUGCAUGUCCUCGAUGACGGGAACUCUCUUGAUCUCCGAAAAACCGUCGAAGAGCUGCGCAUCCAGUGGCCCAAUCUGCACUAUCACUAUCGGGGCCUGCACGACUCUGGAUUCGACAAAGCCGGCAAUCUGAACCAUCUUCUCCUCAACGAGCCCAGAAGCACCCCGGUCCCUGAAUUCAUAACCGUCCUCGACGCAGACUUUAUUCCCGCGCCGGACCUGCUCCGAGCCGGACUCGCACACCUCGUCACAGACCCCACGCUGGCCAUCGUUGGAACCCUGCAGAUGUACUACAAUCUCCCCCCAGGCGAUCCUCUCUACCAGGGCCUGGAGUGGUACUCGGCCGUGCUGACCCCCCAGCUGAACGCCCUCGGAGCGGCAGUCGCCUCUGGAUCGGGCUGCAUCAUCCGUCGCGAUCCGCUCGUUGCGCUCGGUGGGUUUCCCACCCUGACUAGCGGCGAGGAUAUGAUCCUUUCCUACGCCCUGGGAGCAUCUGGCCAUCGUAUCAUUCAGUUGACGGAGCCUCUUCAGUACGGGAGAGUUCCCGAAAGUAUGCAGGGCCAUAUGUUCCAGCGGAAGCGGUGGUCGGUUAGCUUGGCCCAGCGCAUUCGGGCGUGGAAAGAUGCUCCCCGGAACCCGAUCCCAGCGUCUCGUCGUACGUCGGUGAUGCUUGAAGGGGUGGUUCAUAUCCUGACGCUCUUUUUUCGAACGGUGGAGUUCGUCGUUCUCCCCCUGCUCCUUCUCACAGGCCAACCACUAAUCCCUGCGCCGCAUCUCGGCAUGUUGAAAGUCCAACUUGCCAUGGCGACCUUGUAUCUCCUGCUUCUGUAUGCCACCGAGUACGUCCAGGCUUUCCGCGCUGAUUUCCGGGUUUCCAUCUUUCCGCAUCUCGAGGAGGCAUGGAUGGCGCCAGGACAACUUCUCGCAAUUAUUCAAAAGUGCUUUUCCCAGUCAAAUUCCAGCCAGUCCCAGGUCACCGGAAGUACCAGCCACGCUUGGAAUCGAGACAUUCCAGAUCGACGUGCUUCUUCCGAGAUAGCCAUCAACGCCAUCUCCCUGCUCGCCACCCUGGCCGGCGCCAUAUCCCAUAUCCCAACCAUUCUCGGACAAUCAUACUCUUCAUCUGAUGGUAAAGGCGUUGUGACGCUCCUCAGCACGAUCGCAUACCCACCGAUGCUGCAUCUCGUGUAUACCUGCAGCACAACGCACUGGAUCCCACUACGGGCUUACUUGUAUCCACCUCGGUAUCCUGCGUUGCUGACGGCCUUGGGCCCUCACCCGCGGGAUCCUGGCGCGCUGUUUCCCACAAAGGCUGUUAGAGAGCGGUUAGUGAGCGCUCGGAGACCGGCUCUGGGGCAUCGGAGGCAUUUUCUGGCGAUCGGGGGGCUUUUUGGGUGCGUUUGUGCUGUGAUUUUUGCCUUCACUCCGUAG